UAAUCUGUUAAAGUUAACAUAAAAAUACAGAAAUCUAUGUGAACAUUAACUUUUCAUUGCAAUUAGAUGUUUUUAUAUCCAUGUUGAUUGUUGAAUCUUAUCCCUAAUCUUGCUAUUGGUGAAAUGAAUGUAUUUUUACUAUUAAAGUCUUUUUUUAAUAACAAAUAAUUGGACUUUAUACAACAAAGUAUUAUUAUUUAAUUAUCAACUUUAGAAUAUAGCAUGUGCCAAAAAUACAUACACUAGCCGCCGGCCCAAGAAUGUCGUCCAAUAAACGAAAAGCAAAAGUGACGGCAAUCCAAGCCUACUGUGAUCUUGUCCGCACCCGAUAACUAUCUUUAAUUACUAAAACUAGUCAAAGUACUCGACUAAUCACAAAACUAGACAAGUGUUUCAAGUAAAUUAAUUUUUGAUCUUUUCAUUUUAUCUCUCUCUCUUUUUCUUCUAUCCAAAACACCAUUUUUGAGGUAUUUUUCUCUCUCCUUCGAAUCGAAUUUUCAGGUUUCUCUUUCCGUUUGUUUGAAGAAGCUUUUAAGUAGAAUUCAUAAAAUCUUGCUUAGCUUCUGGGUUUGAUUUGUUUGUGGUAAAGUUUUGAUUUUUUUUUUAGUUUGAGAGCUGGAUUUGUGAUUCUUUCUCUGGGUUGGUGAAGUUUUUUACUUGCUUCGAUCUUAUAGAUCAGAGCUUCUAGCAGCGUAAAAAAUGCAGACGAGGUAUAUGGAGAGGACUAAUAGUAUGAGAGAGAAGAGAAAAUUGGAGGAAGAUGAUAAUCAGCAGCAGCAGCAACAGCCUGAGCGUAAAAGGCCAGCUCUUGCAAGUGUAAUUGUGGAAGCCUUGAAGAUGGAUAGUUUACAGAGGCUUUGUUCUUCUUUGGAACCGAUUCUUCGCCGAGUGGUAAGUGAAGAGGUGGAGCGGGCAUUGGCAAAGCUUGGCCCUGCAAGACUUAGUGAAAGGUCGUCUCCAAAACGAAUUGAAGGUAUCGGUGGAAGGAAUUUGCAGCUACAAUUCAGGUCUAGAUUGUCUGUUCCUUUGUUUACUGGAGGGAAGAUAGAAGGGGAGCAAGGUGCUGCAAUCCAUGUUGUACUGUUGGAUAUGACAACUGGACAUGUUUUGACAGUAGGACCUGAAGCUUCUGCAAAGCUUGAUGUUGUUGUGCUUGAUGGUGAUUUUAACACUGAAGAUGAUGAUGGUUGGAGUGGAGAAGAGUUUGAGGGUCAUUUGGUGAAAGAACGUCAAGGGAAGAGGCCUCUCUUGACUGGUGAUGUGCAGGUCACGUUGAAAGAAGGUGUGGGAACAUUAGGGGAACUUAUCUUUACGGACAACUCAAGUUGGAUUAGAUGCAGAAAAUUCAGGCUGGGUUUAAGGGUCUCUUCGGGUUACUGUGAGGGAAUGCGUGUACGCGAGGCAAAAACAGAAGCUUUUACCGUGAAGGACCAUCGUGGAGAGUUGUACAAGAAACAUUACCCACCUGCUUUGGAUGAUGAGGUCUGGAGGUUGGAAAAGAUUGGAAAGGACGGGGCUUUCCAUAAGAAACUCAAUAAAGCAGGAAUCUACAAUGUUAAAGAAUUCCUGCGUCUUAUGGUCAAAGACUCUCAGAAACUAAGGACUAUUCUUGGAAGUGGCAUGUCAAACAGGAUGUGGGAGACACUUGCAGAGCAUUCCAAGACAUGUGUAUUGAGUGAAAUGCUUUACGUCUACUAUCCCGAGGACUCAGUUGGUGUUGUUUUCAACAAUAUAUACGAGUUUAGUGGUCUUAUAUCAGGAAAGCAGUAUUAUCCUGCUGAUUCUCUUUCUGACAAUCAAAAGGGUUACGUCGAUGGACUGGUGAGGAAAGCCUAUGAAAACUGGGAACAGGUUAUUGAGUAUGACAGCAAGUCACUUAUGAACUUCAAUCAAGUUAGCAAAACAGAUGAUAUUGAUUACUCUAUGCCAGUUUCAGUUCCAAGCCAACCAUCUACAUCUUAUUCAGACGUAACUGUUGAAGCAUACAACCAGAGUCCGGCUUCAAGUUUCCCGGGUCAAUCUCAGCUAGCUGAUACUACAUACAUGCACUUUGGAAACUCUUCAUUUGCACCGCAAGACCAGCUAGUUAACAACACUCAUGAAUCACAAAGCAUGAUCAAUAGCAACGGUGGUGUGAGAUUGGCACUGGGUCCAGCAACAGGAUCUCAAAACCAAGAACAACUUGUUCAUCCUCCUCCUGAGAUUAACUCUUACAAUGAUUGGUCAAAUACAUGCAACAGAGGAGUUGAUGGGUUUUUAUCAGAGGAAGAGAUUAGGGCUAGAAGUAACGAAAUGCUCGAGAACGACGAUAUGCAGCAACUGUUGAGACUGUUUAGCAUGAAUGGUGGUGACCAGCAAACUCCAUUGAACAUGGGAGAAGAUAGUUUUGGGUUCCAUUCUUUUGGUCAGACGUCAAUGGCUGAUUACGAAGAAGACCGUUCAAACUCGGGCAAGGCUGUUGUAGGAUGGCUAAAGAUCAAAGCAGCCAUGAGAUGGGGCUUCUUCAUCAGAAGGAAAGCUGCUCAGAGACGGGCUCAGAUUGUUCAACUUGAUGAAGAUGACGAAUAGGUUGAAGAAGAAGGAAGAAACAGAGAAUCUGAGGGUUUUCAUUGUGAUGAUGGGUUUUUAACAGUUUCCCAGAAAAAGAAGUCUUUUGUUUUGGUUUCUUCUUCUCGUGGAGCUUUGUAUUUCUUGUACAGGGAGCUUUCUUCUUCUCUUCUUGUUUGUUUGUGCGUAUUAUAUGUAAUCGCUCUACUUGACUAGUUUUCAUGAACCCAGAAACCUGAUGUAGUUUCUAUUGCAUAAUGUCUUUUAUGUUGUGUUCCUUUGGGUUUUGUUAUUUUUUGGGUAUGUUUGAUAAUACACUUGUUUAGAAAUAUUUAGUAUUUAAUUAAUAAAUUGGUAAAA